GUUCGGAAGGCUAGCCUAUUUGAUACAGAGAAAGAAACCAACCAAAGAGAAUGUCAGGACGGCUUGCCUUUUGCUGCUUGAACUAGCAGCCACCAUCUUCAUGUUCGUUGGUCGACGACGAACGACCACACAAGCCUAGCAAUUACAUUCUAGACUUCUGCAAAGCCAACUGCAACCAUACCAGCCCACCUUCACACAGCAGGCAUCCUCAAGGGGAAAAUGUCGUUAGAAGUCAUUCAUGUCGUCCGCCACGGGUACCGCUCAUCCUUUACUGUGGAUCCGGCCACAGGUACAUACUCUGCGAGCAUCCGCUCUCCUACGGGUAUACCUACAGAUCCUCCCUUGACUUCUUACGGUGUCGAGCAAGCCAAUGAGCUCGCAGAUCAUCUGUUGAAGUUUGACCCGCCUAUCGAUCUGGUGUACUCAAGCCCGUACUACCGAUGUCUACAGACAAUAAACCCCUUUGUAGCGAAACGCAACCACACUACUUCUAGUGCUGGAGAUAGUCCCAAUGUAUCAAGCUCUAAACAACACGAGAUUCGUGUUGAGGGGGGGAUUAGUGAAUGGUUUGGGUCCGCUCCAUGGCCUCACCCUCUCCCUGCACCACUGAACAAGCUAAGGGAGUUCUUCCCGAAUAUUGAUAAAGACUAUGUUUCUCAGGUUACACCUCCCAUCAAUGGGGAGACUUUGUCACAGCUGCAUGAUCGGAUCGCCUCCGCCAUGGAUAAAAUCAUUGUACAAUGUGAUCAAGAAGGAACAAAAUCAAUCAUAGUAUGCUCACACGCGGCAGCGAUAAUCGCCUUGGGAAGGGUCUUAACUGGUAGAAUGCCCAAGAGUGUGGACGAAGAAGACUUUGCUGCAUUUACUUGUGGGCUGAGCACCUACAGACGACGGAAAGAGACUGCCGAUCAUCAUUCAUCGACUGCCACAACAUGCACUUCGCCACCAGAGUGGAAAAACGGAAAUGGAGUUCGUGGUGGAUGGACUUGCGAGGCAGACUCGGAUUGCUCGUUUCUCCGAGGCGGACCAGAGAGAGGCUGGCGCUUUUCCGGGGAGGAAACAUUUGACGCAGUCGGAACGCAAAGUUUGGCAGGUUCUGGGGCAGGUCUUGGUGUAGACGUUGAAGUACAAGGACCAGAGGGAAGAAAAUCAAGAGACAGGCCAACUACUGAUGGUUCCAAGCUUUGAUACCACGAACAGAAGAACCCUGACGAGAAUCGAAUAGCAUGACACUCACCGCAUGAACCAGCUCUGUGUAACUCUUGGCUUCAAGCGUUUCUUAUUCCCUACUACCGGAAGCCCUCUUUUGCACGGCCGACGUCUAAUUGAUCGGUUUCGAGAUAUGUGCCAUGGUAGACACCAAUCGGGGUGUAGGAGUUGAUGCCGGCAGAAGCAUGAAACCAUGUGUAUUAAAUACAUGAUUUAGAUGAUCUGCAUACAUCACUAGCUCACGAACAUGCCGGGCUUAUGCAAGUCUUUCGCAGAGCAUGACAUCCUUGAAGAUGGGCACGGGCUGAAUGUUUCAGCCAAUAGCUAGUCCCUUAAACCUUCUCCCUUG